AUGCGUCCCCUGCAGGCCCUCCUGCUGCUGCCGCUCGCCGGCGCCCUCCUCAGUGGACCAAGUGCAGAACUGUGGGCUGACCUGAGCGCCGUCCCCUGGCGCCCGGUGCCGACCACUAUCUACAGGAGAGUGCAGUUCGGCUCGGCGUGCCAGUGCCGCGCCGCCUGCGUGGCCGACCCGCGCUGCCAGGCGCUGCAGGUGAGGUGGCUGAGUGACGGCAUGUUCACCUGCAGCCUCUCCAGCCACCGCCGCGGCGCGGCCGAGCCCAUCAAGCCGCCUGCCGACGAGGAGGUCGCCUGGUUCGAGCGGGCCGGCCCGCCCACCCCGGAGGAGAUCUGCUGGCCGGCUGAGAGCGGCUGCCGUCCGCCGACCGACUGCGCCGAGCUGCGCCGUGCCGGCAUCAGCGACAGCGGCGUGUACAGCGUCAGCGUCAGCGAACGGCCCGUGUUCUGCGACAUGGCGACGGACGGCGGCGGCUGGACCCUGCUGCAGCGCCGCGGCGGGCCGAUCUCCAACGCCUCCUUCGCGCAGCCGCUGCUCGCCUACAAGGCCGGCUUCGGCCAGCCGAGCGGCGACCACUGGCUGGGACUGGAGGCGGCCGCGCGACUCGGCGAGCUCCGACCUCAGCUGCUGCGAGUAGACGGCUGGCAGGACGACGAGCUGUGGUUCGCCGUCUACGGGCCGAUCGUGCUGGACGCCGCCGACGAGUACCGGCUGACGGCGCCCUGGCUGGAGGGAAACACCACCGCAGAGCUAGUGACGCCCAGCCGCGACACACGCUUCUACGCGUGCGGCUCAGACACCUACCUGCGCUCGUGGUCGUGCCAGUCCGCCGGCUGGUGGCGCGAUCCUCUUCAGUUUCAACAGGGCACCAACCUGAACGGCGUUUUGCAUCUGGGCGAAUUGGUCAGUCAGUGGGUCACCCCGGCCGGCACCAAGUACCAGCCGACCCGCACCGAGCUGAAACUGAGGGACGCCGACUUCUGA